GUGGUUCCCUAUUGCUACCAGCAAUAAUUGUCAUUCAUUGUCAUAUCGUUUUCAUCAUCAAAAAUGCUUAGUAGUAGAAAAUCUCUGGAAAGAAACAGCAGACUGUCGGUGGCCCAAGCGAAAAACCGAGCUGAAGAAAACAAUCUCAAUGCGGAACUCAACUAUUUGGAAAAGGAGAAAAGAACGGCUCUGAGGAUGUUGCAAAAUGAAAAGCAAGUUUUCAAAUUGAAGUAUUCGAAGAGUAGUAACGUUUACGGACGUAGUAGUACCGAUGAGGUCCUAAGUAAAUACUUCAUUCCGUCCAAUGACGCUACGCCCAGCGGAGACUCCAGUCCAGAAGCCUCAAAAAUCGAUUCGGAAGAAAUCCAUAACAUGCUUUUCACCAACGACGAAAUCGACAUCGAAAAAAUCCUAUGCCUCCACCUGAUAUCCGCCCACAGAACCGAAAGUCUGACGCCGCCCAAACGCAAAGAGGCUUUCAUGUGCAAAAUCCAUUCGCCUCUGGAACGAUUGCUGGAACGUUCCAAAAGGAAACACAUACAUUUGGAACAAAAAAUGACGAGCAUGUUGCCUGUUUAUACUAUUGAAACUUUAGAAUUUGGCAGGCAAAACGAGCCUAAAAAUUUAAUCAACGAUGGACGGUUGGCUACAAGGCUUUUGCUCAAUGAAAUAGUUAGAGAGCUGAUCAACACUGUCUUAAAUGCCUUAAGGCAAACAAAUCCGGAAAAGAGUUUUGAAAUUUUUGAAAUGGCCAACGAUAUUGGUUGCUUGAAAAGUUUGUUUACCAAAAAGAAAAUCAUAAACUUUUUGGAUAUUUUAACAAACUCACCUUUGAUUAAUAGUUGCGAAUCGUUCAUUUUAACUGCCCCAUUUCGCGUAAAAUCUAUUCAGCUGGAACUUAGAACGCUCACUGGCAAUUUGGAGUCUUUGGUCAGGCAAUUGCGGCAAAAUGUACUUCAGCUACCUGCCAGGACUCAGAUAAAGAUUAUUGAGGAAACUAACAAAAAACCGCUUUUUACUGGGAAACUUUAUAGAAAAUUGUCCAAAAAUAGAAUUGCGGAAAAAGUCAAAAAGAUUCAAGAAAUGGACAAAACGCCAAGAAAAUCCUCAGAUCUUGUAAAACAUAAAGAAACUAAUACAGCAAGAAAACCUAAAAGACCAGACAUUGAUCCAGAAAAUCCAAUGAACAGUAGAACAAAUCCUUUAGAAAUAAAUGAUAAUUUGAAUAAUAAUUCAGACAGUCCGGCAAUGAUGUUUACCAAAAUAAGAAAACCAUCUAGCGCAAACGUAAAAGUCCAUUUGAAACAAACCACUUGCCCAGCUUGCAUGGUGAGAUACAAAAUACCUUUACCCACCCCAAAGACGCCAAGAAUUAAGCCACCUCCAAUAAUGCCUCUAGCCCCCGGUGAAAAUCCCAAUUUGAAAACAAACACUCAACGACGACUUUCUAUGUUAAUCAACAAGGAAUUGUUUCAGCUUGAAUCGUACGACAAAAGAUUUUCUUCUGAGGAAAGUAUCAGGCGUAGGAGAAAUACUUGUCUGCUAUCAAAAGUAGCUGAAAAUAGUUUGCCCUUUUGUUUGAAUUUAUCCCCUUUGGAACUGGCCAAAAUCGAGCUGGAAAUUAAACAGAAGGAAACUCAGAAGAAACUUGAGAAGUUUUUGAAGGAAUAAUAACUUUUUUUAAUAAAGAGAAUUUAUUGCUACUUUACUUAUACUAAAUUAACUGAAUAUUCUACUGGUUUAAAUUGAUUAUCAUUAUAAUCUAAAUAGAAUUCAUAACAACUCAUAAGUUCCUUACCACUUGUAAUCAAUGCCUUAACAUAAUAAGUACCUGUUUCUGGUGUUGAAACACCAUUUAUUGGUACUUUGAAUAAGUCUGGAUUCAUUACAUAAGUACCCUAGAAGAAAAUUGUUUAUUAAUAUUCAAUAACAAUAAACAUAUACAAUUACCUCUAAUAUAGGGCAUCUACAAGGAACAUUGUUCUCCAAAAAUCGUUGCGGACAAGUUUCGUUUUGAGGUUUGCCCCAAUAACAAAGAUCAUUGUAGGUGCAUGAACCAAUAUUAUCGAAACAAGGUAUUAUAGUCCAUAUAUCUAUAUAAUCGAUGUACCGUUUUACAGUUAGAGCAGCCUGCACUGGACCAGUUAUAUUGGAGUCUGUGGUCAAAGAUCCAGAAACGUUGACGUAACCGUUUUGAAUUUCUAGUGAGACAUCUUUUAUGGUUACUGGGUAGUAGGUUUGGUCAUUGCAACGGAUGAUUUUGUAGAUUUUGAUAUUGGUGUUUGGUGACU